AUGGAUAGUUUAAUGCAACCUGUGUUAGAAAAUUAUCCCGACUUGUACAUUCAUAAACAAGAGAGUCCAAGCUAUGUAGAAAUUUAUACAAAAAACAAAAAAGAAAUAGUGCUCGUUUAUAAGAAAAAUAAACAGUGCACCAGUAACAGUAACAAAAUAGGUUUAGAAACGGACAACAAAGUUACAGAGGAACUUGAUCUUACUGGAUCCCCUUUGAAACUAGACUUAAGUCUGCAUACUGUCUUUGAUGAUACUCUAAUAUCAGAUGAACCUCAAAUUUGGAACAAGGAGGAAGCAUUGCACCAACCAGUAGACAUAGAAAAAGCCAGACAGAUUGCAACCCUUUUUAAUAAGAGUUUAACCUCUGUAUCAAUAGAAGAUGCUGUACCUAUGUGGAUAGUUACAAAUCCAUCUGAUGAUGGCAAGCCAUUACUGCUCACUAUCCAAUCUGAUUCUCACCAUUUUGCAAGAGGUAUAGUCUCAUAUCAUGAUGCAGUAGUUUUGGAAGACGUAGAUGUAGCAAAUCUUAUAGAUCAGUAUGCUGUACAAGAGAAAAUUAGCAUUGAAAUGAUAAAUACAUUAAUAGACUGCAAGUUUCUGAUAUCGGGCAUCUCCUAUGGAUUACAUAGCACAGAAGAACUUCUUAAUGCACCACAAAAUGGGUUAACAGAAUUGCAUUGUGAAUGGACAGGGAAAACCUUGCAGAUUCCGUACAUUAGUUGUAAAGUACACAUGAAUCAAGAAGUGAUUAUAGGUCAUCUAGCUAGUCCAUGUCAGGCAAUAUGGAAAUCUGUGAGUGCUCUGCACAAUUUAAACCAGAUAUUAGUUGACAUGACGGCUGCAGGGUACAGCUCCGUUAACUUAGAAACGGCAGUGGUAAGAAACACAAUCUCCGGUGCUAAACGAUUGAAUAAUUCCAAACGUCUCAACAAUCUGCUGAACGAGACAGAGACAUAUGCUUAUACCGCGGAAUACCCUGCCGGUGGUUGUACAUGCGUUACUGAAGAUACAACUACCCUCAAACAGUGUUUCAAAGCGAUGGAGAUGAAUGGAUCCAGUAACGACUUCACUUACAAGUUGUGGGAUAUUCUUAGAGACUCAGAAACAGCUGAGGAGUUAAUUAAUUUAUUAAUACAAGCACUUAAAUUUAUAUCAUCAGGAAAGAUUCGACCUUUUAUCGACGCUAACAACAAAACAUAUUUGUCAAAGCUCGUAUUAAAAUUAUCUCGUGGCCAUUCUCAAGCAACGAAAGUCCUAAAAAAUUUAAAAACCAGUCCACCUCAAGCGCUGUCUUUGGUAGCUCAAGUGGGAACAGAGAAAACAAUGUGGGAAUACACGAAGAUUAUGUCACUCUUGGAACAUUCUUACUAUAUAGCUGGGAUAUGGACUACGGAGUCCAGGACCCACGAAUCAAUAGAACAGAUAAAUCAAACCAUCCAAGACAUGACUAUGGGUGGUGACUUCACUCUUAAUCCGUUCGACAACUUAAACAGCGGGGAAAAUUCUAUAAGACUUGAUUGCGAGUCCUUCUGUGUGGAUGAUGUCAAUGAGCUGACUGUUGAUGACUUCGCUUCUCUGAAGAAACAUGGGCUGGUAGAUAAAAAAGACGCUAAUGAGGUACCACUUAUAGCUGAUGAAAUCGACAUAAGCUCUUGGAAAAAUCUGUUGAUGAAGUUUGCACAAGUGCACGUAUGCUUGGAGCAUUUGUAUCGAGCUGAGACUUGUCUUAGAGCCGAUUUCGCUAAUCUAAAGCCAAUAGCAUCACGUCUUCUAGAGCACUACGUAUCUGAGAAGUCUCCAAUCAGAACAGUGGGCCAACUGAUGAGUGACCCAGUACAAAAAAUAUCCAUGCCAAUAACUAACAACAUAGUACAAGAACAUUUGAAAAAGCCUGCAUUCUGGUAUAGAGUGGAGCUGACUAGGAAAGAAAAUGCUAAAGAUUGUGGUAUAAAACGUGACUCGAAAAUGGUCUUCCUGUUAUCACAGCAACCUGUAUUGCCUCCUUCAGUUUGGCAGAAUUUGGAAUCGACUACAGAAGAUGCAGCAGAAAUUACAACUUUGGGUGAAGAUUUAAAAUAUCACAUAACAAAAUAUAUAUUCCUUAGCAACGAAGUUGUAGCGAAGAUCAAUUUAUGA